GUGACCAACACUGGACUCAUGCCCACUCACUUGUCCCCCCUUUGCAUUCUUCCUUUCUUUCUCUCUUGGCUCUCUCUCUCACUCAAUCACUCUUUCCCUCUCCAUCUCUACUUUACUGAGACCUAAACUGCUACUUUGAAUGAUAGAGGGGACCCAGCGUGUAACGCACACACUCUGAGCUAAUUUAGAGAGCUGUAGCAGGUUGGAUCAGGAGCCCCAGUCUCUCUCUCUAUCUCUCUGUCUGUCCGCUCAUCUGUGGUUGUGUAUGGGAGAGGAAGGCUAACAUGGACUUGGUGGGUCUCUCUCUGCCUCUAUUACUUGUGUUUUGGCAAUGGACAACUACCACAGGCGCRGCCGUGACGUACUGGACGUACACGGGUUCAGUAGGCCAGUCCAAGUGGGCGGAUUACUUCCCAGACUGUGGUGGUACGGCCCAGUCUCCGGUUGACGUGGCAACGGUCCAGACCCAGUAUGACCCCUGCCUGGGCCCUCUUACCCCCCUCGGUUAUAGCCAGCACGGCAACAAACCCUUCAGCCUCUACAACAACGGACAUACAGGUAACUACAGCAACCAGCUGACUCCAUCACUAACAACAGACAUACAGGGGGGUGCCUGGCAGUUCACGGCCGUCCAGAUGCACCUGCACUGGGGCAACGGAGCCCCGGAGGCCGGGGGCAGCGAACACACCAUCAACGGUCAGAGCUCCGCUGCAGAGUUGCAUGUGGUGCACUACAACUCAGAGCUGUACCCUAACAUGUCAGUGGCUAUGACCCAGCAGGAUGGACUGGCAGUCCUGGGAGUCCUCAUAGAGACAGGUGAGGAGGCUAACCAGGCRUUUUGGAACAUUCUCAACUACCUGGGUCACGUCAGACAUGCAGGUCAGAGUGUGUCCAUCCCAGCCUUUGAUGUCCAGUCCCUCCUGCCCUCUGACCUGGGGCGGUACUACCGAUACAAUGGCUCCCUCACCACUCCUCCCUGCUUCCAGAGUGUCCUCUGGACCCUCUUCACAGAGACCGUCAAAAUCUCACACACACAGCUGAUGAAGCUGGAGACAGUGCUGUAUGCCAGUAAGGAGGACGCUGACCGCGUCGUCAUGCAGGACAACUACCGUACACCUCAACCACUUAACGACCGGACCAUCCUCUCAUCCUUCCCAUUAGAAUCAGUGAAGGUGUACACUGCAGGAGAGAUCACAGCGAUAGUAAUAGGAGCUCUGUGUGGCUGUAUUGGACUGGCUGUCAUCAUUCGCUUCAUAUGA